UCUCCCCGCUAACUUUCCCGAGCUCCGGCCGGCGGCGCAGAGCUCCCCGGCAGCCUCGGAGCCCACUGCAGACCGCGGGCUGCGAGCGCGGCUGUGCCCGGUAUCCCAUCCCCGCGCCCCUGGAGCGCUCGGGAGAGAACAGAACGAUGCCCGGGGCCGGGGACCGAGGCGCAGCCCGGGCGAGAUGGCUGGGCACCGGGCUUUUGGGUCUCUUCCUGCUCCCUGUGUCCCUGUCGCUGGAGGUAUCUGUGGGAAAGGCCACCACCAUCUCCGCGGUCAACGGCACGGAGAUCCUGCUGCCCUGCACCUUCUCCAGCUGCUUCGGCUUCGAGGACCUGCGCUUCUGGUGGUCAUACAACAGCAGUGAUACAUUCAAGAUCCUCAUAGAUGGGACUGUGAAAAAUGAGAAGUCUGACCCCAAGGUGAGGUUGAAAGAGGAUGAUCGCAUCACUCUGGAGGGCACCACAAAGGAGAAGAUGAACAAUAUUUCCAUUCUGCUGAGGAACCUGGAGUUCAGCGACACAGGCAAAUACACCUGCCACGUGAAGAACCCCAAGGAGAAUAAUCUUCAGCAUCAGGCCACCAUCUUCCUCCAAGUUGUUGAUAAAUUGGAAGUAGUGGACAACACAGUGACGCUCAUCAUCCUGGCUGUCGUGGGCGGGGUCAUUGGUCUCCUCAUCUUCAUUCUGCUGGUUAAGAAGUUUGUUGCCUUCAUCAUCAAGAAGACUCAGGAGAAGAAGAAGGAGUGCCUCGUGAGUUCUUCAGGGAAUGAUAAUACAGAGAAUGGGUUGCCGGGCUCCAAGGCGGAAGAGAAAGCACCAACCAAAGUGUGAGCCCUGCUUGGGGCCAAGCAGCCUCGGGGAGCCGCACUUUCCGGUGAUGAAACUGAUGCUUGAGCAGUGUCCGUGAACCCACGUGCCUGAGACAUCUGCUGCUUGGCUCAAACUGUAGUCUUCCCCGGCGGCGGGAGAAGCUAGGGUCCUUGCCCAGACUGCCCCAGCCCCUCCCCCGCCAGGGCUCCCCAGGGACAAGGGCUGGCCAGGGGAGGGGGGCCUGUGGAAGGUUUAGGAGAGGAAAAGAGGCACUGGGGAAGUGUGCAGGGCUGGUCUCCUGACGUCCGGGUGGAUGGGCUUCUUCAGUGUCCCCACCUUGUUUAAGGAAUGCCUUGCUUUUCCUCCCGACGUUUCUUUGAGAGAGACUUGGGGGGUGGGCAAGGGCUGCCCCAGUAGCUGGACCCUGUGUGGGGAGAGGCCAGAGGUCUCUGUGCAGGAUCUGGGGGUGGGAAGCUUUGAUAGAUACUUGGUCCCCCACAUCCCUCUAAUGAGGAACUUCCCUUUCCCUGCACCCCUGGGUACCUGUCUGCCUUGGUACCCCCCAACCUGCUGCUCCUCUGAACUCUCCAAGCUAGGGCUGCUGCCUUGGUCUUGGGGGGGGGGUCCCAGCCCACCUGGUUUGUUCCUCUGAUCCCUGGAUUCCGGAGGCACUCAUGAAGGGGCCCGUCAGGCCUUCCUGGAGCACUGGAGUGCCACCUACACCUUUCCUAGCAUUUCUCCUGGGAGGGUCAGGGCUGCAGAGGUGGGCCUCUUGGCCACAGAAUGCCCACCCCCAGGCCUGCCAACCCCAGCGGCUCCUUAGCAUGGCAGGACCACUGCCGCUCCUGGGAACUCGGGCCGGCUCUGCCCUGCUCCUCUCCCCAGAAGCAGCAGGUGGCGCCAUCUUGCUUGAGGAGUUGCUCCUCAAGCCUCCCCUCCCGCUGGCUGCUCCUCCUCGGCCCCUCCAGCUUCUGCCGGCCCAGGGUUGUUCAUCUCCAGCCCUGUGUCAAGGCUCGCCGUCACCUCAGGGGGUUCUCUUGCUUUGGACGGGAGGGCCUUUGGGAUUUCUGGCUGCUUCCUGCUCAGCUGCGCCCCCUCCUACCCUGCGGUUGGGGAGGAGCAAGAGAGACUGCCCACAGUUUUCCAUUGUUUUGCCAAGCGCUGGUUUGCACACCCCUUGUGUGUGGGGCUAGACUGUGCCUUACCUCCCGAGUCCUAGCUUCUACCAUCCCUCCUCCCUUUAGCCCAGACGGAACAGCCAACUCGGGUCGGGGGUGGGGGGCGGCGGCACUGAGGAGGGUUCCCCAACUCCCCCCCCCCCCAGGGCCAUGCAGGGGACCAGGGAGCUGAGUUGUGUCACUCACAGCCCCUUGGCCAGUGACUGGGUCUUAGGGACGUCUGCCAAGCGCUCCCGUGUGGUCCCUGACGGCAUGUGGUGGUGUCCCCGUGGGUUGAAAAUGAUGGGGGGAUGGUGGGGAGCAGUGAUAGCAGAGGUCUCCACCAUCUGCUCACUCCCUCGCUCUCUUGCUGGCUUUCUGACACUGUUGUCCUCUGGGCCCCUGAGAGGGAAGAGAGGGGAGUAGCUUCCUUUUCCAAAGUGUAUGGGGACUGUCUGGGGACUGUCUGGGGACUUUCCCUGGCAAGAAGCAGCAGCAAGCUUCCCCAACGGUGCAGCUGGGGGAGGCUGAGAACAGCAGGACCUGCAGGGCAGCCAAGGUUGUGGCCUGUGGCCCUCGUCCAACCUGAUGGGCUCACAGGGUCCCACUCUGAUCUGUCUCUGUCCCUGGUGUCCUCCUUCACUCAUCCUGGGCUCAGGUUUAGGUUUUCCUGGCUUUGGGAGCAGACAGACCAGAGCCACAGUCAUGCAGGAAACUUCUUACAGCUGCCUUCAUGCAAAACUGCUUUCUUCUCCUUUCCCAGCUUUAGCAUUUGGACAGGCAAAGUGUCUUGGUCUCCUCUUAUUCCCUUGAGAGGAAGCCAAGGUGUACAGAGUAAGGGAGAGGAAGAGCAUCAUCCUCUCCACUCCUGGGUCUACUAGUGACUGAUAAGUGGGUCAUACAUCUCCUCUGGGCUCAGCUUUCCCCAUCUAUAAAAUGGGCAUAAUAAUACUUACCUACCUCACAGGACUGUUGUGAGGCUUGGCAAGUUUUGGUGUAAAAAAUUGUUUUGGCUUGGAAAGGGAUCUAGGAGUCCAGGUAUUAUCAUAAUUAGGGAGAUUGUUUCAAGUCUGUCCUGUGUUCAUCAGAGUCCCAUCCCCAUAAUGCAAACACACACAAACACACGUACAUGCACACACGCACACACAUUCUCUCUCUCUCUUCUCUGUCUCUGUCUCUCUUCUCACCCUUCCCUCUUGGAAUUAUUUGAGUUUCUGUAAUGUUGGAAACCCUGGCUCUGAGGCUUUACAGCUUCUUGUCCAUGGCUUUUGUGUGGUGGUUUUCCACUGAGGUAACUGGGCGUAUAGUGGGGACACUUUUGGUUGCCCCAAUGCCUGAGGGCUCUGCUGGCAUUUAGUAAGUGGGGGCAGAGAAUGCUAAAUUUAGUCCCGACAAUGAAAAGCGUCCUGCCCAGGAUUAGACCCAUGGAGAAACUGGCAUGGACUUGCAGUAGAAGAUGUGUAGGCAAAGCCAUCUUCCCAAGCAGACCCUCAGUGCAUGCAAGUCUCGGGGUGAUCUCCGGGGGCUGGUGAGGCUGUUUUCAUGGCUUGUGGGCUAGAGAGAGCCAUUUACAGAGUUGAACUUAGGACUGGUUCACAUGCAGCUGCACUGACUGUAAAGUCAGGAGACUGCAGACAAAGUCAUUCCCAGCUCCCCGUCCUUGAUCCCCAAGGUGCUCGAGAGGUCUGGGAGAGGGGUGGGUGGAGCUCAGACUUUUCGCAUCUGGCUGGCUGCCCAGAGCUGGAGGCAGAGGGAGGGGUGUGAGAGGGAGCCGCGGGGAUGGUGGCAGCCGAGGGUGUGCGUGGAGUGCGUGUGUGGAAAUGUGUGACUCUGGGGUGGGUGAGCUGCACAUGGAAGUGGGGCUGUGUGCACAUGUGUGGAAAGGCUGAGCGUGCCCGAGAUGGGGGAGAUUCUGCACAUUUCAGGAGCCAUCUUUCCUGACCUGAGCAAUACCUGUUGUGGCAUCUGGAGGCUGAGACAGGAUAAGAGACAGAGGGGGAGAGCAGCCGUGCUCCUGGGCUCCGUAACGCUAUGACUCCAUCUCGUUGUCACAGACAGCUGCUGUCGGAGUGCUGGGGGGAGGGAGGGCCAGCAGGGGGACUUCUCUCGGGAAAUCCUGCAGCUUGCUUCACUUCACUUUGUCCCAGGUUGGAGUCCCUACCCUCCCACCUCCCACCUGAUAUGCAGUGCUUUUGACUAUCUUAUGCAUGGUUUCUUCCUUUGGCUUGGAUGACAACAAUACUCACAGUCAAUUUCCUGUAUAACUAUAGAUCCAAACAACGCAGCACAAACGGGCCUCGGGGAGGCCUCAGAUCUGCAGGUGCCUCUGGGAGGCGCAGGUGUGCACACACCCAGCACUGACUUGUGUUCAAGCACAGAAUGAAUGUGAUCACACUGUCUUGCCUUGACAACAUGUUUUGCAUUGUAGAAUUUUAUUCAGCUUGG